AUGGAGGUAGAGAAGCUCAGGUCUGCAACUGCUUCUGUGGAGAGGAUGAUGAUGAUGAUGAGUGGAAGAGUGGUGGCGCUGUCCGAGAGGCACCAUGAUUCGGGAGAUGGUGGAAAAGAAGACAACAAGGAUGGCGGAGAGGAUAAUGGCGGGGAUGAUGAUGAUGAUGAUCCUUUGGAGGAAGUAAGUGGAGAUGAGGAUGGUAUGGAUUCGGACAUUGAGUUAGAGUUUAAUGGAGAUGAUGGGAGUGACAAUGAUGAUGACGAGGACGACAACGAUAAUGUUGAAGAUGAUUAUGAGGAUGAUGAGGAAGAGGAGGAGAGUGAAGACGAGGAGGAAGGUAAUAGGCCAUCCAAGAAGAAGAAAUGA